UGCCGGGCCAGGCGGCGGGGAGGCCGUGCCGGGCCGUGGGGAGCAGGUCCGGGGCAGUGGGGCGGACGCAGGGGGAGGGGGGAGCCCCUCUCGGAGCAGCCGGCGCGGCGGCUCCGGCAGGUGGCACUGGCCGCCUCCCCCGUCCGCCUCCCCCGCUCCCCCCCCCGGCCCGGGCUCCGCCGCCGCCGCGCUCAGUCCGGCAGCGUCGAUGCUGCUGAGCGGAGCGGCGGCCGGCUCGGAGCGUGGCGGCGGCGCCGGGGCCGGAGGGGCCCCGCAGUGCGUGGGCACCAUGGCCCGCUGGCUCCGCGAGCACCUGGGCUUCCGAAGCGCCAAGCCCGCGCCCCCUGCGCCGCCCAAGCCCGACUACCGCGACGGGCCGCCGCCGCAGCCACCCCCGCCGCCCGGGGGCGCCGCCGAGCCGCUGGCCGCCGCCCAGCCCGACAUCGUGGCGGCCUACCGGCUGCAGAAGGAACGCGACUUCGAGGACCCCUACAGCGGGGCGCCGCCGCCCGCCGCCCCCGACGGGCCCCGGUAUGUCUCGCCCAAGCACCGGCUCAUCAAGGUGGAGGCGGUGGAGAAGGUGCCCGCCAGUCCCCCUCCUCCCUCAUCCGCCGCUCCCAGCUCGCCGCCGGCCGGCCCCGAGCUGCCCGACGAGCCACCGCAGGAGCUGGCUGUCCUGGAGGACUAUGCAGAUCCCUUCGAUGCGGCGCAGGUGGCGGGUAGCCAGGCAGGGCUGGAGAAGGUGACAGAAAAUGAUGGAUACAUGGAACCGUAUGAAGCCCAGAAGAUGAUGGCUGAGAUCCGCCAGAAGGGCUUACGGGAGGCUCCCGCCCGGCCACUGCACCUCUAUGACACUCCCUAUGAGCCCGUGCUUGGAGGGCUGGACAUGGAUGGUGACCGCCCAGCUUGCCCCAGGCCCAGGGAGUCCCGGCUGCCAGAGGAUGAUGAGCGGCCACCAGAGGAGUAUGACCAGCCCUGGGAGUGGAAGAAGGAGCGGAUCUCCAAAGCCUUUGCAGUUGAAAUCAAGGUCAUUAAAGACCUGCCAUGGCCACCGCCGGUGGGACAGCUCGACAGUGGUGAAAGCCCCCUGGACAGUGAGGCCGGUGCCUCCGUCCCUCUGCAGCAUGGCCAGCCCAGCUACGAAGACGCCAAUGGUCCAUCGGAGGGGCUGGGUUACGGUUGCACCUCGCCCUGCAGGGAGGAGAAGGCCAGGGCUGCCCUGAGGCAUGGCUCCAGCAGCCUAAAGAGCACGAAGACGCUUAUCGCCGAGCCUGGCCCCUUUGUUGGGGAGAGGAUUGACCCUGCCCUGCCCCUGGAGAGCCAGUGCUGGUACCAUGGGGCCAUCAGCCGGACGGAUGCAGAGACGCUGCUGAGGCUGUGCAAGGAGGCCAGCUACUUGGUGCGCAACAGCGAAACCAGCAAGAAUGACUUCUCCCUCUCCUUGAAGAGCAGCCAAGGCUUCAUGCACAUGAAACUGUCCCGGACCCAAGAGAACAAGUAUGUGCUGGGUCAGCACAGCCCACCCUUCGACAGCGUGCCAGAGAUCAUUCAUCACUAUGCCAGCCGCAAGCUGCCCAUCAAGGGGGCUGAGCACAUGUCCUUGCUCUACCCGGUGGCUAUCCGUACCCUAUAGUACUCACCUGCCACAAGCCAGGCUCCAGGCUGGGUGCAUCUGAAACUGGUCCAUCUGCAGGGCCGAGCGCAGUCACGCUGACCACAGGCUCUGGACCGGCAGCUCACAAACAGCUCGCUGGGCACAGCCAGCACUGUUGGGGUUGCUGCAGCUGGACCCCUCAUCCUGCUCUCCUGGGGGGCUCCUGUGCACUGGUUUGCCUGCUGGGAUGGCGCUGGGGGGGAACCCCUGCAUGAGGAGCUGAGAGGGGCUCACUGGCUGCCCACUGCCCUUGCCUGCCUCCAGGCAGAGCUCAGGACAUAAGGACUGGAGCUGGGGCCUUGGAGAGGCAAGGGAGGGGGGUGAUGUGUGGGAAAAGGGAGAGAAGUCAUCUGGUGGCAGGCCUGAGGUGCCUCCAUGAGGGUGCCUGGCUCUGCCUGUGGGAGACAGAGUGGCUGUGCCUGCAGGUGAGGAGGCUGGCAGGGACAAGCCUGCCAGGAAUAGCGAGGCGUGGUGCGCCGAGCAGGCUGUCCCCCCCCCGGCACGGUGCUCAGCGCUCACCGCCAUCCUUUGCCAAAUGUACAUAGUGACCGCCCUCGGCUGGGCGUGCAGCACCACUGCCUAAUAAAGUGGUGUAUGUUCGCCUCCUGCUCCAUGCAUCCCACCACCCUAAGUGGGGGAUCGGUGUGGCAAAACAGCAGGAAGGGGGAUUUUAUUAUACAAAAGCUGGAAGUGAAUUGCUUUUUCCUUCGCUCUUGAAUACACUGAGACCCGUGUGCCUGAGCGGUCCAGCCAGCUCACUCAUCUGUAACAUGGGGGACAAGGGAAGCUGGCGGUCAUGUCCUUGCUAUGUCUUUGGGACACUCUGUGGGCAGCAGUGAGCUGAUUUUUGGACUUGCCUGUUAUUCGCUGUGGAAGGGGGUGCUCUUUGGGAUCUUUUUGCCUCCUUGUUUUCCUUCACCCUUCGUAAGUUUUAAGCAAAAUCCCUGAAUUCACAGAUCUCAUCUCCUCCUCUGGAUAUUUACUGGUCCCAGUCCUGUUCUUUGUCUUCCUGAUACCUUGUCUUUGGGCUAGCUUGCUCCUUUUCUUCAUUCGGCUGAAGCUGUGUAUGAUGCUCUGUAGCAUUUAAUGCAUACCUUGCCUUUUAACCUUGUUCCUGGUGUUGCUUGCUGCUGUACCUACACAUGUUUACUCCAUCCAUGCUUCAGACUAAGCUCAGUGUCACUGUUGCUCCUCUUCAGCGUGUUCCCUUUCUCCUCCAGUCCCUUGGUGGUCCUGCUGUGCUCAGCAGGGGGAAUGACAACAGCAAAUUUGCUGCUGGACCAGCAAAACCUUUUGCAUCAGCGGAGCAAAGUGCUUGGGGCAUUGGUGAUGAUGCAUCAGCAGUGGUUUGAUGAAGGCUUUGUGAAAAAGCAUCAUCCUCCUCACUGCCUGUUCCCAGAAAAAAGCUGGUCCUGCUGAGGGGCGUGGAGGUGGUCAAUGGGGCCACGGGGACCUUGCAUGGGUCCCCGCUCUACUUACUGUCCAGGGCUCCAGAGUUUUCCAGCUCAGUCUGUAGCCAGGGAUCACUGUCCUGACUCCCCCAUGGCUUUGAGCUGCUGUGGGGACCAUUGGGCAUGGCCAGCGAGGUCCACGAGCGCACACUGCGGUUUGGAGGCUGCAGAAACUGGUGGUUUGUUCCAGGAUACCUCAGCCUCUGUCGCUCCUUAAAAGGCAGCAGUUUGAGCUCAUCAGGCGCCCUGUGUCUCCUUACAGCCCUGCUUGGCUGCCUCUCUCCAUCCCAAGGAGGCAUCUUGUCCAGCAGGGACAGAGGCAACAGCAGCUGGAGGGUUUUUGUCCUGGCAGUGCCACACCAGAGCCUGCAGAAAGGGCUGGAGAUGCAGAAAUCUGCAGAGAUACUCUUGGAUGCCCUUGCUGCAUUUAAAGGUUUCAAGGGCUCUUAGCAACCCUGCUGUGCCCUGAUGACUCCAGUACAGAGCUCAUCCCGGGGGAUACACUGUCUUCCCCGUGGCCACAGCUGGGAAAGCAGAGGCUUCUCGCGUCCAUGCAGCUGGGGAACAUAAGCACAUGAGAGCCUCCCCAUAAUCUGUUUCUUUCUCUGGAGAAACUAUAGCAGGGAGCAAACUGCCUUGCAGUCAGUGCUGGUUGUAUCAGUGAGCUCACAGGUUUACAGUGGAAUCCUGUCCAAGCAGCCUAGCUCCAUCUCUAGGUGCAUCCAGGCUGAGCACUAAGAGGCAUGAGACUAAGGCAUGAGCUCUCCAGAAACAGUCACUGACCAGCAGGACUGCUCUGGAGUUGGCCUUUGUGUCCAAGCGGUUCAGCUAAGCAGCUCUCAAUCCUCACUGUGGCAAUUACAUCACUCCUCAGCCGUCUCUUCGCCAGGCUAAAGAAGCCCAACUUCUCAAGCAUGUCCUUGUACAACACGUUCUCCGGCCCUGACUAUCCUAGUGGCCCUCUGCAGGACUCUUAUUGUAUUUGGGAUCCAAAAUUGGAUGCAGUAUCUAGAUGUGGCCUCACCAGUGCCAAGUAAAGGGAAAUAACCACGUCAUUUGACCUGGUUACACUCACAUGGUAACUUGGGCUGGAAGGGACCUUAGGAGGUCUCUAGUCUACCCUCCUGCUCCAACCAGUGUUAGUGUUGACCAGUGUCAAGAGGGGGAGGGUUUUAGAAGCAGAACUGCCCUAAGCCUAGCUAGGGUUUUUUCCCCUCUUUGUAGCAUUAGCAGGAGAGACUGGACGCCAGGGAUAGAGGGCUGCGAAUUCACUGCAACCUGAGGGCAACGCUUCCAGCGCAGUGGAGCCUCCAGCUCUGUGAGGGCCCUCAUGCGGUGGGGGACAUCCAACAAGAAAGAUGUAGGAGCAGGAUGCAGAGCCAUAGCAAAGAGCCAGCCCUGACGUUGGGUCAAGGGAUGGACUUUAUGGGGUACAUCCAAGCAGGUCAUGGGUCCUGUUUGCACCCAGGGGGUGUAAUUUUGGGUUUUCCACAUGAAGUAUAUGACUCUAGGUCUGGCUGGUGCAUCUUCUGUUUGUGAUGGGAACUGAUCAGGAGCUCCCCAGAAAAUUUGAAUUCAAUUUCUCCUGCAAGGGUAUUUUAGUGCUACGUUUGCCAUCGCAUGACUGGGGUGAUGUUUAGGAGUGGAGUGGUUGGUGGCACCCAUGUGACAGGGCUAGAGAGGUGAUGGGUUCGAUCCCCAUUCAUGAGGAUGCUAAUCCCCAGGACAGACAAGGGCCUCAGCAACCUGAUGCAGCUUAGACGUAAAUCCUGCUGGGAACAUGAAGGUUGACCAGAGACCUUUGUCUGUAGCAAUUCCCAAUCCACUUGUCCUAGCAAUCUCCCAUAUCCUCCCAGCUGCCUCUGUUCCCUGUCCCUCCUCCCUGCAAGCGAAAGAGCUCUGUCAUUCAUCGCCUGAUGUCUAGUCCCUUGCUAAGCCCUCCACAAUCACAAGGUGUUUUAGUAUUAUGCAGGCCCUGGUGAUGACGGAAGUAAGUUUGUUUCAUAAUUGGAUUAGCACUGCUGGCAGCAUGCUUUUGCAUGGUGGUGAGGGCUGGGCUGGCACGGCCCCUGAGCCCUGUGCCACUCUGCCCAGUUGUGAGCCAGCCUGGGGCUCUACUUACUCUUGCACAGAACUGCACUGGCCAAAAGAUGUAGUCUUGCCAGAAGGCAACCCAGAGGGGUGAAAGGCUGCUUCAGGGCAGGAUUUGAGCUUGCCCUCCUUGGAAGCUGGGAUGUGUUCACUGAAACUCUGUCACAGUCCCUCAUGUCUCCCACCUUCUGGAAAUGAAGCACUUUGCUUAGCAUCAUCAGCCUCAUCACCCAUCCUAGCACAAGCCAUCAAGGCUCCUGAACGCCACGGAGGCUGGAGAGUAUCACCAGUAACUGAUCCACCAAUAACUGUGAGACCGGGUAAAACCCUCAGAUCCAUGCCCCCUUCCUGCCCGUCUGCCCUGGAGAAGUUCCCUUGAGCCCAAGCCUAGUGGUUAGUUUAAAACCCCAGCCCUAGCAGUGAUGCCUAAGUUGCUUGAAUAUCACUGAAAACAGAGUUCCCUCUAUUCUGUCUCCAACCACAGCAAUCUGCAGAAGGAUCAAAUAACCCAACAGUUCAGCUGCCAAAGUUUAUAGCAGAGGAGAGAAAUUUGUUCCUGAUCCCUGCAGGCUACCAGCAAAAUGUGCAGUGCAGCACAUGCAGAGCACACACAUGCAUGUGGCACACACACGGCCCAAGUGAAUGCCUCCUUUUAAAUCUUGUAGAGACCAAUAUAUUUGACAGAAGGGACAAGUUUCAUUCCUUAACUCAGUGACCACCCCAGCUCAGUCCCUUCUGUAUGCUUCCCCAGCAUUGUCUCAAACCAGUUACUUGCUGGUGGUACCCUGAUUGAAAAUUGUCUCAAAACAUCCAUGUUUGGAUGCCUCCACCUAAUUUUCAGCCUACACUUGUGAGCAGUUCUCUCCUUUUUUCUUGCACAAUUCUGCAAGCACAUCUCCAGAACAGCAUGCUUGGGCAGAUCUCCUGGGUGAGACCUUCCCAGUGCCUUGCAAGUAAUGUGGCUGUGUCCCUCCUGAAAAUGCAUCUCAGGCAUGACAACUCCACACUCCCAGCCCUGCACUGCUUGCUAUUAACAUUAGUGGGGUCGUCCCAAGACUAGGAUGGAGGAACAGUGCUAGAGAGAGCUCAGAGACACCCUUUUUAACACAACCCAUCAUUUACUUGAUUAGCUGGUUCCUCCUCUGCUAUAUCCAUACCUGUGACUUCCAGCAUUGGAGACUCUUCGUAUUGGGUACAAAUCAAACUUUUUCCUUAAAUCUAACCAGCCUAAAUACACUGCAUCACCUUGUCUAAGUUAAUUAUCAAAGGAAAAUCAUUAUGUUACACUGAGACAAGGUAUCUGUGAUAUAUUCUGUUUCCACUUCCCCUCUUAUCUUGAAGCUGAGUCUCCUUCAAAAAAACCUUUGUAAAGGUAUGAAAGUCUAGGUAUGUUUUUAUCUCUCUUUUCCCUUUCUUGGAUGUGGAAGGCACAUUUGCUGCAUUUGUUUGCUAUUUUGAGCCAUAUCUAGGUUAUCCUGAAUCUGGUCCUUCCUUCACAGUGAGGUGACCUUGGUCCUGUCCUCUGCGGUCUCCUGCAGCACCUCCUGGUUGACCAUCAUCUCAUGCAUUCAAAGUAUGUCCUCAUCUGGUGGUUGUGCCUCAGGCGUUCUCUGUCAUUCACAUCUCGCUCAGCUUGAUGACCUGCACAGCUACAAUCUUUCUCUUAAUUUCCAGGAUAAAUGUAUGCAUGCUGAAUUGUUCUCCAUUAAAUGGCAGUGCAGUGCGAGUCCUGAUUUGUGCCUGUGUGGGACCGAUGGGCUCCCUGCCUGUGUCCUUUCUCAUUGCUCCUGGAUGGGGUAGACUUGCUGCAAAUGUACACCGCGCUGUGAUUUACUGCCCCUAUGCAGCAUUACAGCCUCUCUGUGCAUGUACAGCAUGUCCCGAUUUACUGCUCGCAUUAAGGGUUACCUCUCUGCAAAUUCACAGCACGUUUGGUUUUAGUGUGCUCUCUCUGACCAUGCACAGCGUGUCUGGAUUUACAGGGAAGGCUCUUGCAUGUCUUUGCUUCUGUGUAGAGCACCUUAAGUCAUUCCAAGGGGAAUAGUCUGCCUGAUUUGCCUCUUGGAUUUACUGUGUGUGCAGUGGGUGGGCACUCUAUGUGGCAUGGCGUGGCUUCCAUGUGCUCGUGGCAUCCUAAUUUUGGCUCAUGCAUUAGCUGCUUUCCCACACAGGUGCCUUGCAGCCUCUGGACAGGCACAUGCUUUCUGCAUGUGUGCAAGACACCACCAUCAGGUCCUGACAUCAGAGCAACCCCCAACUCUAGCUGGUAAUGUGUGGUAAAGAUUGCAGGCUCUGUGCUGCACCUAAUUCCCUCUGACUCCCUGUCAGAGCCUCCUCUGCCCCCAUCUGCUCAGCCACUCUUGUAACCAUGUCUUACAGGGGCUGAAGUGCAGCCUGACACCUCCAUCCUGGGCUAUCCUGGCUCAUGUCCUGCUCUUGAAACUGUGGGCUGUGUGGUAACUAGGUGUCCUGCCAGAGGUAAUAGAGAGUGUCUCUGGUGGGCAGCAAGACCCAGUGUCCUGCUGAAUGUCAUUUAAGCCAGAGUCCCGAGUGCACCUCUGGUAGCUGAAGUCUUCUUAGGGGAUGUUUAUGGGAUCCCAAUGACUUCCUUCAUUGACCCGUUGGCUUGGGAGACCAAAAGGGGAGAACUGGGAUAUCAGAGACCCCCAGAAAUGCUUCAGAGGGCAGUCCAGAGAAGAGUGUUGUCACUCAAAGAAGUUGCAGAAUGUGCCCAUCCAGGCACCAAGAAAGUGAGGAAGUUGUGACUCACAGCCAUGGCCUGUGUUGGCCUGUGAAGGAAGCAUGGGAGAGACAGUGUCUCCCAUUCCUUGCAUUGGGAAGGUCUACAGCCCUGUUUGUCAUGCUGGUGACCAGAGAGCUGCCAGCUGGAGUUAGCUGAGGCUGGGAAGAAGGAGGUACAAGCUGAGACAGCUUCGGUGUCUUGUAAGGAAGGUGAUUCCUGGUUUGUUUUUUUGGGUUUUUUUUUGUUUGUUUGAUUGGUUUUUGUGUGUGUGUGGUGAUUGUUUGUUUGUUUGUUUGUUUUUUUGGGUUUUUUUUGGUGGUUUUUUUUGUUGGUUUUUUUUUUUUCCCCCAGAACGGCUGAGCUAAAAACCAUCUUGCUUUUUUCUGCUGUGACUUGUAGCUGAGGUCCCAGAUGCCACAGGCUGGGGCAAGUGGUCUAGGUGGGACCAGGAAGAGCUGGAGAGUGGAUUGCUUACCUGGUGAGGGCUCUUGGCCUUGAGUUUGACUUCCAGCCAGUCCCAAAGGAAGCAGCACAUCGUACACCAGAGCAAGCAAGAGAGCAAGCAUAGGGAUGUUGCUUGGUCCCCUGUGUGUCGCAGACCCCACACUGCCCUGCUCAGCUGAGGGUCCCAAUGAAAGUCCAUCAUUCAGGGUGACCUUAGGCUUUGUGGCUCUGGCAUUGUCAGCCCCACAGGCAGCAUGGUAAUUCGCGCUGGGAGCUGUUCCCAGUGUCAGCACUGGGCAAUUGUCCCUGCUGGUCUGGUCUUGCUCUGGGCCAUUAGCAGCAAGAUCCUUCUUUUAUCAUCGUACUUCUCAUUCCAUCUUGGCAGCUGCAGUAAAUGUCUGUCUGUUAGCAAGUACGAAUGCCUGUCAGGACACAAGGUCGGGAUGCCCUGUGGCAGGCGAUGAUUUUGACACACUCAUGGGUUGCUUGGGUGUGGAGUGGGAGCAUCUCUCUUGAUGCAGGGAUGGGACAGAGUCUCUCGUGGUGUCACUGGGGGUGUGCAUCCUUGCAUCGUGACCCCCCUGCUGUGAUACCUAUUCAGAAGCACAGCAGGUCUGUCUGUGGUCUCUCUGUGCUGGGACUGGAGGAGUGGGGACAGGUGAUCCCUCCCUGAUAGCAGAGGUGCUGCUCAUUUCCAUUUAGAUAGAGGAAUUUCAAUCUCGGCUUGCUGUCUCCUCACCACGGUUUGACUCAAGAAACAAAUUUCCAAUUUUCUUCUCCACACAAUGCCAUAUGCUCUCUGCUGGCUUGGGAACUGAAGCAUAUCAGAGAUGCUGCAGCCUGGAAGAGGUGGAUAGUUGAGUGCGUGAAUGUGGAUGGUUACCUGUGUGUAGCUCCACGAAGCAUCUGGGCCAUAUGGCUUCUCUGUAUCCAAAUCUGCUGCGCUGCCUGCUGCCCAAAGUCCUCCUAUUGCUUCUCACUAGCUCCCUUCCCUGUCCUGGGUCGGAUUAACACCAGCAUCCAGAGUUGGCCCCUAUGAUACAUGAUCUGGAUCACUUGAGGGCAGAGGAUGGUCACACACGGAGAAGUCACCCAGAUGACCAAAGCAAUGAGGACAACCAGCUGUUUGUCUUCCAGUGGGAAAAAUGCAAGAAGAAAUCCAGCAAGGGGGGGACGGUGUCCUUGCUUGCUGCCUACAUCGAGCGUGUGUUCACAUGCCCACAGAGAGGUGAUACAGGGAAGCUCAUGAUCCUCUGUGUAGUCUCCUCCACCAUGUACUUAGUGUGUCUGUUCCUGUAGGAAUAAACACCAGUUUCACUCA